AUGCCGAACGAGUCCUCAAUGGUAGGGCAGGACCAGCUGGCCGUAGACAGCGUGGAGUCCAGCUUCAGAGCGGCCGUCGCCAAGCAAGAGGACGUGUUCACCCUCACCGCCCUAGCACACCUCCUCGCCGACCUCGGUCGAAACGACGAGGCUGGAUCGUUCUUCGAGAAGGCCCUGAAAUGCCCCCACCACGCCACCAAGCAUGGAUCUCCGUCGUCCGACGGCGAGACUAGAGGCCUGGCCAUGGGGUGGUACGCGGCGCUAGUGGAAGGAAACGGCAGCGAGGGGGCAGUUAAGGCCGAGGGGCUGUACAAGCGGGCGUUGCGGAUUAACGACAGAGAUGCGUUGGCCAUGGGAAACUACGCCGUUUUCCUGCACAAGAUCAAGCGGGACCACCGUGCCGCCGCAACCGCAUACAAGAAGGCGGUGGAAGCGCACCCAACGCACUCGUCCAUAUUAUGCAAGUACGGGGGCUUCGUAAAGCACGUGGAAAACGAUUACGAGAAGGCCAAGACGUUGUUCGAAGCAGCCAUCGCCGCAAAUCCGUCGCAUGCGGAAAGUCUGGGCAACCUGGCGGUGUUGCUGCACGGGCAGCUCUGCACCUCAGCGCCGCUGCUCGACAAAAUCGAAGGGUUGUACAAGCGUGCGGUGCAUGCCGAUCCCGUCAAUGCGAACAACUUCUCGAACUUCGGGCUUUUUCUCGCUGAGAAACGUGGAGAUGUUGUCGGAGCGGAGGCGUUGUACAAGAAGGCUCGCGCGAUCGACCCCUUCCAUGCCAACUCAAUCUAUAACUACGCCGUCUUGCUCGAUAGUAGCCUGAAGCAACAGGAGGCGAAGCAGCUAUUCGAGCGAGCGGUGAGAUCUAGCCCGUCUGACGCGUUGACACGAGCGGACUAUGGGCGGUUCCUGGCUAUGGUUGAGAAUAACUUGGAGGGUGCACUCGAGAAUCUGAGGGAGGCGAUUCGGUGCGAUCCGGACUGCACCACAGCGCAAUUCAACCUCGGCAAGCUCCUCCUCCAACGCCGACGUACAGAACCCGCCUCAGAGGGGUCCGGUGGCAUCAGACGGAAGGCUGCAGGUGGCGACGCGCGAGAGGCCAAAGUCCUGCUGCGGAAAGUAAUUCGAGACAACGAGGAGCAUUCGGGGGCCCAACUUUGCCUUGCGCAUGCCCUUGCGGAGGAAGGAGACUUCGAAGACGCCGCAAAUCUUUGCAGGGCGGCGUUGAAAGGAACGGCGUGCACAGACGUGGCGGCCAUGUCGAACCUGGCGGCGUUGCUAGGAAGGAAUGGCAUGUCAGACACCGUCAUCGCAACAACUUCGCUAGCGGACGUAUGGGGGAGUCUCACGUAG